CCGGAAGUAAAAGCUUCCUUACCGUCCACGGUUGGGGUUAGCGGUUAGCUCCCUUUUUCGACUGUGUUUUUCUGUUGAAUAAAUUUACUUAUUUGGUUGGGUGGACCUAGUGUGCUAGUUUAUGAUGAACUAAACAUAAUAAGAAAUAGACAAAUGUAGUUUAUCAAAAGCAAUAACGACCGCAAAACAGCAAGCAGCACAGACAAAAGCUAAGGUUGGUUAGCGUCGCUCAGAACUAUGAGCCUGGCAGUUGGACGGGAACCGAGGAAGACUGCGGGAAACCGCAUGUCUAAACUCCUGGAUGCUGAGGAAGAGGAUGAGUUCUACAAAACAACAUAUGGAGGCUUUAAUGAUGAAUCGGGAGAUGACGAAUAUCACGGAGAGCACUCGGACACAGAGGACGAGGUGGACAGUGACUUCGAUAUCGACGAGGGUGACGAGCCAGACAGCGACCAGGAGGAAGAUGCUCCUCGGAGGAAGAGUCGGGUCGUCACAAAAGCUUAUAAGGAGCCCAUUAAGGUGGCAAAACCCAAACCUAAAAAACCCAACGAGGAGCAGAAGAGAACUGAGAAAAUCAAAGUGGAGCUUAAAAGGAGGAUUCCUCAAGAAUUUCAAGAUUUUGCUGAAACUCGGAAGUCUGUGCGACAGUCCACCAGCGAACACACGAGGAAAACCAACCUGCGCUUACAGGAGCGUCAGGAUGCUCCUCGGAGACGGAGAGGCGCUCACCGGGACCGACCUCUGACUCAGGAAGAACUGCUGGCGGAGGCUAAAAUCACUGCUGAGAUCAACAUUCGAUCUCUGGAGAACUACGAACGUUUGGAGGCAGACAAGAAGAAACAGGUCCACAAGAAGCGACGUUUUGAGGGGCCGACCAUCCGCUACCAUUCGGUCCUGAUGCCCCUGGUUUCUCACUCGCUCCUUAAAGAAGAAAAUGUUGACGUGGAGGGGCUGGAUCAGGACAUCUCUCAGACAGCACCACAGAAUCCUGCCACACCUUCCCAUCUUCCCACCGGAGGCCUUUGCUCCCGGACUUACAUAACGUUCAGCGAUGACGAAGCCUUUGAUGCGGCCUUUCCUCCCAGCGGCCGGUUGGGCCCUCAGUUUCCGGUCCAGGAGAUUUGCCCCGUCACGCACAAGACGGCGCUGUACCGAGACCCGGUCACGGACAUACCCUACGCCAACGCACGAGCCUUCCGCAUUAUCCGAGAGGCCUACCGCAAAUAUGUGGCGGCUCACGGGUUUCCGAGCAGCUCAGGAGGAGGCGCAGGAGGGGACUGCUCUGUGAUGAAGGGGGUCCGCCAGAAAAUGGUCGUCAAACAAAGUGGAGUUACCACAUAGAGUGUGUCUUCCUUUUUUCAUCUGUUUAAAGUGUAUGUUUUUACUGGACAAUCUGCAGAUGCACGGAUUGAACAGAAGUGUUUCAUGCAAUCUAAACUGUCUUCAUACAAUAAAAUGAGCUCUUUGGAUUGAAGCCCCUCUUUAAAAGCAACAUCGACUCAAUCAAGCUGUUGCUGUUUGGCCUAAUGGGUCCCUGUAGGAAGAAUUGCAUUUCAGUGAUAUUCUUGAUUGAAGGAUGAAUGAUUAAAAAUAGUAUACAGAAUCCCUGCACAGUCUGGAAUGGUAUGGAAUGUGAUUUCAGUGUUUUUCCAAUUCUAGAUAAGUAUUGAAAAGGAAAAAUGUAGUUUGGAAAAAUAUAUGUACUUCCAGACAUUCCCUAUUAUCUUCUCUUUCUUGCUUGUUCUAGUUCAUGUCCGUCAUUUUUCCUUUGUGCUCUUACUUCCUUCCCAACUUGCAUCUCUCCUUUCUUUCUCGAUUACUUGUGUGCUUCCUUUUUGCAUUCUUUGUAUCCUUCUCAUUUCUUUCCUUGUGGCCUUUGGAAAGUUCACUCUGGAAAAGUCUGGAUUUUUAAAAGAAAAAUGUGAAUGCAGUUUGUUUUAAUCAAUUUCAAGUUGAUUUGUGUCUUCAUACCUGCAAUUUGAAUUUGCUUUUGUUUGACUUCAAAAUUCACCUUUUUUUACAGGUAAUUAUUUUGUACCUCGUAUAAGUGAUUACAUAAAAAAAUUAAAAAUAAACAUUUGAAACUAUGA